CGAAAAGGGGUUCAGCCUUGGCGCUUGCGCAGUACAGAGAGGUUCUGUGGACUGACAGCUGGGCUUGCGGGCGGUGCGAAUUAGGAGAACCUGGGUGCUGCUGCUGUUGCGGCGGGGGGAACUGGAGGCAGCCUGCCGGGCCAGCCCGCCGCGGAAACCAUCUCAUAUUACAAAGCAGAAAAAGGAAAGAAGAGAAAGAAGGCAGUUUGACAAAAACGAACCAACACAUUGAUCAAGUCCAAUAGUCUACACGUCUAGAAGAUCCCCAUCCAAAGCCCCCUGUUCCUUCAGAGAAAGGAAAUGCCUUAGGACAAUCUGAAGAUGUCCUCUGGGUCCUGCGCUUUGUAGUCAGCAUAUUCCUGGUGAUUCUGGUACCCUCAACUGCCUCACUGAGGGUCCCCUCCCCCUGACGAGUCAUCGUCUGCAUCAUGGAAGCCCCUGAUGCUGCUGUGGCAUCUCUGAUUGACUUUGACAGCGAGCCAUCCACCUUGGCUGCCUCCGAGUCACCCCCUUCGAAACCCCGGGAUGGAAGCAGCUCCCUUGGUGACGGGGCAUCAGAGAGUGACACCACAGAGUCGGCAGACAGCGAGAAUGACAUGGGGGAGUCCCCAACUCACCCGACCUGGGACCGUUAUCACCGCUCCUCAUCCAAUGAGUCCUUCUCUUCCAACCAGAGUACAGAGUCAGCCAAGGAUGAGGAGGCUGUGGGGCUCCGGGAAUUCAUGCGGAACUAUGUUGAAAAGAUCUUCUCUGGAGGAGAAGACUUGGAUCAAGAAGAGAAAGCCAAGUUUGGAGAAUUCUGCAGCAGUGAAAAUGGGAAAGGUCGGGAGUGGUUUGCCCGCUAUGUGAGUGCCCAGCGUUGCAAUUCCAAGUGCGUCUCAGAGCCGACUUUCUACCGCCUGGUGCAGUCCUUCGCGGUGGUGCUGUUUGAGUGUCAUCAGAUGGAUGAUUUUGGACCAGCGAAGAAUCUGAUGACCAUGUGUUUCACAUACUACCACAUUGGCAAACCUCACAUGCUGCCCCUGGAGUCCAAGGAGAAACCUGCAGGCAGCAUUGACUCCUACCUGAAGUCUGCUAAUAGCUGGCUGGCAGAAAAGAAGGACAUUGCAGAGCGUCUGCUGAAGAACACGUCCGCAAAAACAGAAAACGUGAAAGGCUUCUUUGGAGGCUUGGAAACUAAGCUGAAGGGACCACUGACCAAGAAAAAUGAGGAAGAUGAAGAGAAACCAAAGGAAAAGCAGCAGAAGACUGUGACGAUGUACAGCCCAGAUGAAGAGAAGAAAGGGGAGAAGAUCUAUCUGUACACUCACCUGAAGCAGCAGCCUAUCUGGCACACCCUGAGAUUCUGGAAUGCAGCUUUUUUUGAUGCUGUCCACUGUGAGAGAAGGAAGAGAUCGCCUACCACCAGAGGGAAUGCUGGAGAGGAAGAGGAAAAGAGGGAGAAGUGGUGCCACAUGACCCAGGAGGAGCGUGAUGACAGCCUCCGAUUCAAUGAGAACAUCACCUUCGGGCAGCUUGGCACAUUUACCCACAACAUGUUGGCUUUUGGGCUGAACAAGAAGCUGUGCAAUGACUUUCUGAAGAAGCAGGCAGUGAUUGGCAAUCUGGAUGAAGAGCAAUACAAGAUGCUGAGUGACCACAUUGAACGAAUGGCUAUUGAGUAGCUCCGUGGAGGGCGGCAUCUGCAGCAUCCACUGAGGGAGGAGGAUGGGUAGACGUCUCUUCCCCAAACACCCAGGAAUAACAGCCAGCUCCCAGCACCAUUGCGAUGAACCUGCAUGAGUGUCCGCCAUCCUUAGAGCCCCGGCCUGCCAGUAGACCUAGGAGUGAAGAAAAACUCCUGUCCUCUCCCCUUGCCUCGUCCUCCCUUGGGUGUGUUCCAUAGCCACACACCACAGAUGUUCCUCAAUUUCUAUGGCGAAAGCAGAAUUGAUGAGCUAUCCGUACAGACCCAAAUAUCCUCAUGUAAGAGGUAAAGACAAAAGAAGAGGAAGGGAGGCAGUCCUAAAGGCCUCUUGCUAGUUGUUGGCUAUGAGACUUUGGGAAGGGUCAUCGGACCAGUACAGCUGAAUGCUGGGAACUGGGGGGCAGGGGAGUGGGUUUGGUGGGAGUGUAAUGCAUGCAUGUCCGUGUAGCUGUAGGAUCGUAGAACGUUGUAGAAAGGACCUUCCAAUGUAGAUUAGUAGACCUGGAAGGGCCCUUUGAGAUCAUCUAACCCAAUCCCACAUUUUUCAGAUAAGGAAACUUGUCCCAGAGAAAGGAAGUGACUUAUUAUAUAAGAAGUUAAUGCAGGGCUAGGAAUCUGAGGAGUUAAGUCCUGGUCUCCUGAUCUAUUAGUUGUACCUCAAUGUCUCUUUUGUAAAGAUAAAUCUAUAGUCUACAGGUCUGGGGUAUUGCAGCUCUGAUUCCUACAAACAUGAAAGACUAUAUUCCGUAAGUCAGGGUUAGAGAUCUAGCACCCUUUUCCUCAGGGCCAGAGAUGUUGAUUCUUUUGUGACCAGGCAGAUGACACCCUAUUCCAUGUUCCUCCUCUGCUUGUUCCUUCUCCUUCCCUUUGAAUAUGGGGAGGUCAUAAGAAGAGAGGACAACCUUCUGUUUUGCUGAAACAAGGGCAGAAAAUUUUCCUUCCUGACUGCAGUAAGAAUUGACCUGGGGCUAGCAUUAGAAGAGAAUUAUAGUUAGAUGUGUGAAUGAGGCAGUGCUCUGGAGACACAGUAGGAUUUGUGCGGACUUAUUUGAGAUGAAUCCUAUCAACACAGAUGUGUCUGUGCCAGACUGCCUUGGAAGCUUUCAGGGUCAGCUGUUCCCUUUUCUUUUGUACAUGACAUAUUGAGGGCAGCUUUUGGCUGCCUGCUUCAAAGGAGAUGUAAAAGAAGAGGUCUGGUCUUCUGUUAUCUGGAGUCUGCUGCCCUUCCUGAAACCAAACAUCGAUGCAAUUUUCCUUUUUGGGCACAACCACCUUUCCCCACUCCCCCUCAAAAAAUAUAUAAUAUCAUAUGUUUAUAUAUAAUACAAACUGUUCAGUGUUACAUUGAUCUCAGCGUGAGAUGGUUAAGGGACAAGCAGCUUAUGGUGGAGCUUGGCCAAAUUUGGGGAGGGAGACCCCCUAAGAGGACCCUGGGGAGCAAAGCUUUGUAUCUGAGCCAGUGUGUGUAUGGAAUAGAUUCGUAAGUUGUGACCCUGAUUGCUGUGGAAGUUCAGUGUUUUCUUACAGUAUUCCAGUUAUUGCUUACAAAAUUCAGCCUAUGGGGAAAGUCAAGAGCAGAUUUUAUAAGUAAGUGGUCUUGUUGGCACAUAAAUAAAGCCAGAACUGUGUGUUUACCCAUAUCACAGAGCCUCAGGCUCACCAGAGCUAGGAGAGGGGAGAAAGAGUAUUAAUGAGAACCUCUGCUUUCCUGGCUGCUCAUCUGUCCUGCUUAUCACCUCAAGCAGCUUGAGUCUUAUCAUUUCCUUCAAUUCUCUGCAAAUGCCAGCUAGUUCCAUAUUUAUUCCUUGGAAGCUAUGGUUUCCGGCUUCCAGCUUCUCAUUGGUUUCCAUCAGAAACACCAGAUCAGACUAAGGUGCACAAUGUAUUAUUAUUUUUAAAGUCAUUUAACUGAUCGUAUCUAAGGUAUAAGCUCCCCCAAAGCCUGUUCUGCUUUUCCUAGUAUAAAUAUUUCUAGUCAGAACCAACUUUUGUCUUUCUGUGGUUACAGAGCUAGUUAAUCUCAAUCAUCCUGUCUCCUUCCCUUCAGAGAGGGUUCUCUAUAGAAAUUAAGAAAAAAUAAUUUUGUCUGGGUUCUUUCUCCUCCUUUCCCAGCUUACCCUCCCUGACCUAUUAUUACUUCCCUUUGCAACCCCCCAUGAUAUACACCCCCUUCCCUCAGCCAUUUCACCCCUAGAUACUUGCCUGUGAAUGUAGUGGAUAAAUGACUGAUAGACACUUUUCAGCUCAUAUUAUCUAAAAAUGAUCAUCAUCCUUGGCCUGGUGAGCCCAAAACAGAUAGCACAGAGUGAAUGAGCAAUAAAUAGGAUGUAUCUCUUGGACAUUGGGUGACCCUAAGAAAGGGGCUUACACAAAACAUGCCUCAUCUGAAUGUAUUAUUUAUAUGAUUGGUCACCUCCAGGAACUAGAUGAUGGGGAUUUGAGUUUUCUUUUCAAUGAUGCUGCCAUUUAAAAAGCCAUGUGUGAUACUCUUGAGCCAGUCUCUUUGGUAGGGCCACCAUGAAGGGCACUUGUGCCUAUGAUUUGGCCUAGACAGAGUACCAAGUCCACCAGAGUUCCACCAAUGAUAAGGGAAUCCCCCAACAAAUCACCAGGUCCCUGCCCUCCCCCACGUCUUUUUUGAAACUACUUUCUCAAUGGUGUUAACUCUCACCUAUGCUCUAUGCACAAUAUCCCCACCUAUAAAAUGGAAGUGGGGAAAAUAGUCCCCAAGAUCCCUUCUUUAAGAUUCUGAGUCUUGAUCUGUUUUCCUUAGAAUUGCUAGUUAUAGUGAUACUUUGACUUUCUGCGAGUCUUUGCUCUGAAGUGCUCCCCCAACAAGCACUUUGUGUCCAUAAGCACAUUUGAAGGCAGGUCUUGGCUUCUCUUACUGGACUUCUCUCCUGAGGCUCCUUCAAGGGAGCCUGCCAUUGAGAGGUUGGGGGCACUAGGGAGGGUGUUUUGGUUUUUGGGUUUUUUUUGGAAAGGAAUGGAUUUUGGACACCUCUUCCUGCUUUCUUUGCAUUUCACGAUGGCUUCCAUCAUUUGCCGUUUUUCAAUAAAGCCUUCCAAGUUCCUUUACCUUAGUAUGUUUCCAGGCACAUCUUUCAAAACUGAUUUAAGGUAGAGGAAAAAGAGAAGGCUUGCUCUUGGCAGCUACUUCUGUCAGAUCCUUAUCAGAUAUAAAUCAGAUUCCAAGAAGCUACGGUGGAACAAAGUGUAGGGUGGGAAAGAUCCAUUACCUGAUUGAGCCCAUGCUUCUGGAUAGUGCCAAAGGACAGGAAGGUGGGAUUUGUACAGGAUUUGAAUUGGGUCUUCCUAAAGUCCCUCGAAAGCCCAUUCUGGCUCAAACUCUAUAAUCCUCUGCUGGCUGCUUGCGUGAGCCAGGCUGUACUGACUGCUGGGAAUCAAGCUUUCCUUGAGCAGGGCUAUUUAUUACUCUGCUGCUGUUCUAUACAAUAGUCUGAGAGUAGCACAGAAUAUGCUGAACUGCAGUGUCUUACCUAGCGUCCCUCUGUCUCCUGUAAUGUCAUCCGGGAAUCUGUGAUUCUGCCUCUCCCUCAUUCAUCCCUAGGCAGAACACAAACCGAGAUGAUCCAAAGAGUUGCCCUCUCUUGGGAUGUUGUUAAACAAGGGUGCGCAGAUUUCAAAUACAUUAUUUUGCGGAGAAGCAGACUGCAUCUACAUUUUAGAAUGAGUGGAAAUGAUAGCCCAUUGUUGCAAAACUCAGGGACAUUUGGUUCAGUGUCAGAAGCAUCCGACAGUACCUGAGAUGAAGUCCUUUCUGAGGGCAAGAAAGAAUAGCCCUCAGAGUUCAGAGCUUUGCCCCUUUCUGCCCAGAAACCUCAGUACAGACAUUAGCAGUACGAGAUUUCUAACGUCUGACCUUGGGGACCAUCUUUGUCUGUUCCAACCAAUACAGUCAGCUCUUCCAGAAAGCAAAACCUUAUCCAGUCUAUACAUGGCAUACUUAUUCAGAAUAUAUAUAUACAUAUGUUGUAGGAUAUAUGUGUAUUGUACUUACAUUGUAGGAUAAGCAUGUUGUGUGGUUGUUUGCUGAAGUGGCGUUUACCACUACACAUUUCCUUAAGACUCGUUUUACUGAUCAGAUGAGUGGCUUGGUCAUUUUACCAGGUACAGAGGAGGCAAACACUCAUGGUGUCUUAAGCUCAGUCCAUUGCUGAUAAUGCUAAUAUGGUUAGUAGCAGAAUUUUUCUUUUUUAAAAGAAAAGGAGGUGGCUAGAGUUAAGAAAGACGAGUCGGGGCUUGGGGGAAGGUAGGAAUGUUUCUGCAUUCUGUGUUGACAUUCCUGAGCUUAGGAACAGUAUGCUGGCCUUUGAACCAGUUUACUCAUUUAGGUGGAUGUGUUCCAGGUCAUGAAAAACCAGAGGUUGACCGCCUUCUCUGGUUCUUAGUCAAUCAACAAACAUUCAUUUAAGGCUUACAGUGUGCCUAGAAAUGUGUUAGGUGUCAGGAAUUUUUUUAAAAAACUGCAAAAACAUGGUCCCUGCCUUCAGAAAGCUUGCACUGCACUUCUUCAAAUUGAAAUUCCAUAGAAGGACUUUGUCACACAUGCCCCAGCCCCUUGGAUUGAAGGAAUCUGUUUUCAGGAUUUUUACAAGGCCAGAGCUUUGUACUGUUACUGGCUUUGAUAAUCCAUUGAUCCCGUGCUUGAUUCAGAGAAACAACUAGGUGGGUGGAGUUGUCCAGUAUUCCAGAACAAGACUAGUCAUAAAAGGCCAGGAAUGGUAUUUUUUUUUAAAUCUGUAAAAAUGAGGAUAAUGCCUGCCCUAUCUCACAGGACUGUUGUGAGGUUCAAAUAGGAGAACAGAUGAAAGAACUUGGUGAACCAGAAAAACAGUAGAAGCACAAUACUUUAGUCUAGGUUUUGUAUUGGCCAUUUUAAAUUUCCUUUUAAUUUCCUCAUGCUUCUUUGUAAGAUUCAGUCAGCUCACACCGGCCACCCUCCUAUAUUUGUCUUACUUCCAACCUAAAUGAUUGUCUUGGAGAAGUCCCUCCUUCCCAGCUCAAUUCCAUGGAGCCUAGUUUGGGGUGAAGGGGCAUUUUGAGGGCUGCAGAUACCUCCGAUUCUAUUCUAACUCAUUUUCCAGGUUCAAAUUUCCCACAGUCCCAAGGCUGACUUUGACUUCCAGCAAUACAAAUAAAUAAAUUGAAGCCUACCCUCUGUUACCUGAAGUGAUUGGGAAUUGAGUGUGCUUGUUAAUUAAAUACAUACUCAGGUUCACGGAAAGUUACCUAUGGAUGACUGAUUUUCAGAGUAUGAGAAUAAGAAAUCACUAAAACCACAUUGAAUGCUAUUGAAUUUUUGACUUGAGAUCCAGGGUCAUUCAGUACUGUUAUUUUGAAUCCCAUUGUGGACAGGUGAAAAUGUAAUGUAAUAUGGGUUAAUAGAAUGCCAGCACAACCUGUCUUCUCCCUGAUCAAGCAUUGACAGCUUGCCCAAAGCCACACAGUUAUAUCACCUACCAAGUCAAGAUAGCACUGUCUAAAGAAGUCUUUGUGAUUUCCUGGACAAUGCAAGAGUAUAAAAUGUCAUGAAAUAGGUGAAUUGUUGAGCAGUUCUGGUUUUCCCUUUUAUUUAUGACUUGAUGAAACAAUACCAGACACUAUCUCCUGCCCAGCCUUAAUAGAUGUCUAAUCACAUCUCUGCCUAAUCAAGGAAGAGGUCACUAACUCCCUUGCAUAUCUCACUUCCUCUGACCUUUGAUUGCAAUUUGAAUUAUCUCUAUGACAACUUCCAAGUGCUGCUUCACAAAAUUAACAGGAACCCUGUAUGAAUAUCUUAACACAGUAAUGAGAAGAAAAUAUUCUGCCUGUCCCAGAUAGAAGAAUGUGCAAUGGUAAUACAACUGAACUGGUCUCCUCUGAAGGCAAGAGAGCGCUAUUGAUUCAGGUUGGUUGCUAAGGAGGGACCAGUUCAAUAGGCUCUAGUGCCUCCUAGCUGUCUCCAGUCCCUCCUCUGAUGCUCACUACCCAUCUGACCUUGAGCCAGUGACUUAUUCUCUCUGGACAUCUGUUUCUUCCACAAAAUAAAGGGGCAGGACUGGAUCAGGGCUUCUUAACCUUAGGCAUCUGGUGAAGCCUACGGACCCCAUUUUGGAAUAAUGUUCUUUAAAUGCACAAAAUGAAAUGUAUAAGGCUGCAAAGGAAACAGAUAUAUUCCAAUAUAAUGUGUAAAGAACCUAGGAAUCCUUUAAAUGAGUUCCAAGGUCCCUUCUGUCUUCUGGGAUGAAUAAAAGAUGAAAAGGAA